UGGUUUUAUUUAAAUAGGUUUAGCAAAUAUUUCACGUUUGUCGGUUCGCGAGCACAGGUUGCAGUCAUCUGCUCGUGCACGUCGCGUGCUGAUCUGCUCGUGCACUUGCAGGGCGCAGUCGCGAGCAAAACGAAGCGAUGGACCGUCAGCUCUUUCCCGAAUAGCGAAGCAGCACUGCAGCAGAGCUACUUUUACCGAUAUAACAGUGUGUGUUUGCAGACAGUAGCAGUAAAGAGAGCUGUAGUUCAACAGAACUGCUUCAGUAGUAACACUUCACUUCCACAUCAUUGCAGCAUUAAUGGUAAUGCAUGCAACGAAUCCAUCCAGACUCAAUGAUGGGUGUAAUGAUCGAAGAGAUCCUCAAUCCUACCAGCCUGUCAAAUAUCAGUCAAAGAGUCACUCUGCAAAUGACCAUCGCCAUGACAAGAUGCGAGACUCGUCAGACUCCACACCACCAACUAAAAUGCUGCGGCGAUCAGACAGUCCAGACAAUAAGCAGAGUGACGGAACAGGGCACAGUCAAACGAAAGCACUCCACGUUUACCGGCCUCGUGAGAGGGACAGCGGCGUCAGUUCUUCUCCACAAGAAAACUCCCAUCAUGCAUCCAGUUCUCACCCUCAUCCAAACAGAACUUCAGAGAUGCAUCGUGAGCCAGCAGAUGACUGGUCAGAGCAUAUCAGUUCAUCUGGGAAGAAGUACUACUAUAACUGCAGGACAGAAGUCUCUCAGUGGGAGAAACCUAAAGAAUGGCUGGAAAGAGAACAAAGGCAGAGAGAAGGUGCCAAGACUGUGGUUAACAGCUUUCCCAAAGACCGAGACUACAGACAAGAGGCGAUGCAGGCCAGUGCCACAAGUGCCCUCAGUAGUACAAAAUCUUCUUUAGCGGAGAAGCCAUUAUCACACUCUGGUUAUUCUCAGCCUUUGUCCAUUAACCCCUCCAGUACGUCCAGCUCCUCCUCGUCCUCCACAGUGCCUGUGUCUCCUGCCCUGCAGGCUUCAGCCUCCACUCUGCUUCAGGACCCCGCACUCCUCCGACAGCUGCUGCCCGCGCUGCAGGCCACCCUGCAGAUGAACCACAGCAAUGUGGACAUGGGCAAAAUUAAUGAAGUCCUCACAGCCGCUGUCACACAAGCUUCCUUACAGUCUAUGCUUCAUAAGCUUCUCACUGCCGGACCGUCCGCUUUCAACGUCACUACUCUGCUUUCCCAAGCUGCUCAGCUUUCCACACAAGCUCAACAGUCCGGACAGUCACCCAUGUCAUUAGCAUCAGAUGCUUCUUCACCGAGGUCAUACGUGUCUCCUAGAGUCAGCACGCCUCAGACCAAUGCUGUCUCUAAACCCCUGCUCAGUUGCGCAUCUCUCUCUUCACAACCAAAGGUCAGUGCAUCAAUUCAGAGACAAGGAUCAAUGUCCCAGCAGUCAGUCAGCUCUGACAAACCUCUGGAAUUCAGUGAUCCCCGUCUUCACAGGCAAAUUAGCCAAGAGGGCUUGUCGAGCUCUAAUGGCAGUGCGGGCAUCAGCAUUCCCGCCUCAGGCAGCACCUCUCGAACCCAAAGCACUUUCACUCCUUCUCUAGCAUUGCACUUUGAUGAAAAUCUCAUCAAGCAUGUUCAAGGCUGGCCUGCAGAACAUGUAGAGAAGCAGGUGUCACGGUUGCGUGAGGAUAUCCACAAUAUGGGGACCCUCUACAUGUCAGAGAUCUGCACCGAGCUGAAGAACCUUCGCUCUUUAGUGCGAGUGUGUGAAAUCCAGGCCACAUUGAGAGAGCAGAGGAUUCUGUUUCUGAGACAGCAGAUCAAAGAACUUGACAAACUAAAGAAUCAGAAUUCCUUCAUGGUUUGAGAGGGUGGCUAUGGAGCUCAUGGCAGUCUCUUUCCGAACAAGUCCAGCCCCUGGCUGUUUGGACCCCUGCUCUCAGCCCGAGCUCUCAGAUCCGCAGUCAAACUACCGGCUGCAAUGCCUGAAACGGGACAGAGAGAUAGGAACCUUACAAAAGUGCUUAGGCAACACGAAGCCCUGAGAUCAUAGAUUAAUUUCACUGUCCUUUGACGUACAUGGCUUCUCAAUUCUCAGAUCCACAGGCAAUUAGAGAAGUGUUCAGAGAACACGCUCUCCAACCCAGACUAACCUGUGAGGAAUCAUGCAGUGGAUCUGGCGAUUCAUGUGCUGGUUUUUCAAGGUUAUGCCUGUGUUAAUGGAUCCUAAAUUUCACUGUCACACUGGAGACUUAAAAUCCCCCGUCCUCCACUGACUGACAGUGAUUAUGAAUGAUGUUAGAAGGGCUAUCUGUGCACAAGGGCGCUUCCAGCUGUGCUGGCGUUUAUCAAAGUGACCAAUUAAAAUAAACCCAAUAUAAUUCUGAGCACUCAUUCUCAAAAGUUAGGCAUGACUGGCUGAUUAUCUGCCACUCAGAAGAUUAUUUAGGAUGUAUAAAUGAUCUUCCUUAAUUCACAACAGAAAAACGAAUGGGUGCUAGCGAUUUCUCAUUUGUUGAUGUGGCACUUAAAAGCUUUUGCCGAAGCGGUAGACGCACAUUUUCUGAGUUUCUGACCCUGAUGAAGGGUUUUUGUCACUAUCUGCCUUUGAUGUUUCUUGUUCUCUGCAGUGCUGUUACACAUCUAACUGAGAUUACUAUUCAUGCUGCACCCCAGCACUGUUUGACUCUUUUUGUAUUAAUGUUUUGAUUUGUUUGUAUUUGCUCAGUUGUUUUUUUACUCAUAUAAAUGAGUUUCGUCAUUCCCAUAUUGCCUGGUUUUGGGGGAUGCAAUGAAAGGACUUUUUAUUUUAUACACGAGCUAUGGUCGGACAUCAAAAAUGCAUCUUUUAAGGAUGAAAGAGGACCACUGGGACUGUCUGAACUGACCUGUGGGAGAAGAGUAUGGUGAAGUACAGGAUGUGAUUGCAUUUUUCUCAUCUUUUACAUAAACUAUCAACCAGUCUUAAAAAAAAAAAAAAAAAAAAAAAAAAAAAAAAAAAAGAAUCUGUAAGCAUUUAGUCAACUUGUCAGUUUGUAUUUGAAAAGGAUGUGAAAAUAAGGCAAAACUGGUGAUUCCUCUUUGAUGUUUGCAAUGUCAUUCAUAGUUUUUGCUCCAUUGUUCUUUCUGUCUUUGCUGCCCUCUAAUGCAGGGUUUGAACUUAGACCAAUUUUAAUGCAAUAGGCUGUAAAUGGACUUUCAAAAUAGAGAUGAUGGGUAUGUUGCUUUGUAUAUGGUUUCUAAAAGCUACAGGAAAUAAACAAAUUACCACAUUG